GAGCAGAUGCCGGCUACUACAUUUGCCAGGCUCUGACCGUUGCGGGCAGCAUUCUCGCUAAGGCUCAACUGGAGGUCACAGAUGUUCUCACAGACAGACCCCCACCUAUCAUCCGCCAAGGCCCGUCCAACCAGACCCUGGGGAUGGACAGUGUUGCGCUGCUGAAGUGUCAGGCAUCUGGAGACCCCAUCCCCUCCGUCAGCUGGCUGAAGGACGGGGUCAGUCUACUGGGAAAGGACUCCCGCAUGUCGCUACAGGAGCUGGGCAGCCUGCAAAUCAAAAACAUCAAGCUCUCAGACUCGGGGAUCUACACGUGUGUGGCCACCAGCUCAAGCGGGGAAACGUCGUGGAGCGCUUUCUUGGAAGUCAAAGAAUCAUUGGCAGUGAUUGUCACAAAGAGCUAUGAUGAGAUCGAGCUUCCAGGUCCACCGUCUAAGCCCCAGGUCACCGACGUUACCAAGAACAGCGUGUCAUUGUCGUGGCAGCCCGGGAUGACCGGAGCCUCUCCUGUCUCUUCCUUUGUCAUUGAAGCUUUCAGUCAGUCUGUGAGCAACAGCUGGCAAACCGUGGCGGACCAUGUCAAGACCACCCAGUUCACCGUCAAAGGUCUCCGUCCCAACACCAUCUACCUGUUCAUGGUCCGAGCCGUCAACGGCCAAGGCUUAAGUGAUCCGAGCCCAAUGUCUGAACCUGUUAGAACUCAAGAUAUAAGCCCUCCAGCCCAGGGAGUGGACCACAGGCAUGUGCAGAAAGAGCUCGGAGAGGUCAUAGUUCGCCUGCAUAAUCCUGUUGUCCUGGGUCCCACCACCAUUCAGGUCACAUGGACAGUGGACCGCCAGUCCCAGUUCAUCCAGGGUUACCGGGUUCUAUAUAGGCAGACGUCUGGGCUUCCUUCGCCAGGGGCGUGGCAGACCCAGGACGUGAAGGUGCCCUCGGAGCGCAGCGUCGUCCUGUCAUCGCUGAAGAAGGGCAUCGUUUAUGAGAUCAAGGUCCGGCCGUACUUCAACGAGUUUCAAGGCAUGGACAGCGAAUCGAAGACGGCGCGGACCACUGAGGAGGCUCCCAGCGCCCCCCCUCAGCAGGUAACCGUCCUGACAGUGGGAAACCAGAACAGCACCUCCAUCAGCAUCUCCUGGGACCCCCCUCCGCACGACCACCAGAACGGCAUUAUCCAGGAGUACAAGAUCUGGUGUCUGGGGAACGAGACACGUUUCCACGUGAACAAGACGGUGGACGCAGCCAUCCGCUCCGUGGUGGUGGGAGGGCUGCAGGUGGGCGUGGUGUAUCACGUGGAGGUUGCUGCCAGCACCAGUGCAGGAGUGGGAGUGAAGAGUGAACCUCAGUCUAUAAUCAUCGGGAAAGAGUUCCGGGACGUAAUCAUACAUGGAAACCGGAACAACAGCAUCACGGAGCAGAUAACGGACGUGGUGAAGCAGCCGGCCUUCAUCGCUGGCAUUGGAGGCGCCUGCUGGGUCAUCCUCAUGGGCUUCAGCAUCUGGCUCUACUGGAGGAGGAAGAAGAGAAAGGGUCUGAGCAACUAUGCAGUGACGUUCCAAAGAGUCGACGGCGGUCUGAUGAGCAAUGGAAGCCGUCCAGGCCUGUUGAACGCCAGUGACCCGGGCUACCCCUGGUUAGCCGACUCCUGGCCAGCGACCAGCCUGCCCGUCAACAGCAGCUCCGGAGGACCAAACGACUUGACUAAAUUUGGUCGAGGAGAUCUCCCCACUGGACAGGGAGAUAAAACAGGCACCAUGCUGUCUGACGGAGCCAUCUACAGCAGCAUAGACUUUACCACCAAGGCUAACUACAACAGUCCUGGUCAGACAUCCCAAGCCAAUCCUUAUGCCACCACUCAGAUCCUCCACUCCAGCAGCAUCCAUGAGCUGGCUGUGGACCUGCCUGACGCCCAGUGGAAGGCCUCACUUCAGACUAAGCAAGAAAUGGCAAACCUGGGCUACUCCCUGCCUGACAAGAACUCCUGCAACAACACCCUCCUUUUCAUUCCCGACUACCGAUUGGCCGACGGAUUGUCUAAUAGAAUCCCACACAACCAAUCACAAGAUUUCAGCACCACCAGCUCUCACAACAGCUCAGAGCGAAGCGGCAGUCUCUCAGGUGGAAAAGGAGGAAAGAAGAAGAAAACCAAGGCUGGAUCUAAACCUCCCAAAGCUAAUGGCUCCAACUGGGCCAAUGUUCCCCUGCCCCCUCCCCCGAUUCACCCUCUACCCGGCACAGAGAUGGACCUGUAUCCCAAUGAGCACCAUGACGGAGGAGGGUAUGAGAAUGACACCUGGGGCCCACCCAUGCCUGUGCAGACGUACCUUCAUCAAGGCAUGGAAGAUGAGCUGGAAGAAGAGGAGGAAAGGGUUCCCACGCCACCCAUCCGAGGAGUGGCCUCCUCACCGGCUGCCGUCUCUUUUGGACAGCAGUCCACAGCCACCCUCACCCCAUCUCCCCAGGAUGAGAUGCAGCCCAUGCUCCAGGCCCAUCUGGAUGAGCUGACCAGAGCAUACCAACUGGACAUGGCUAAACAGACAUGGCACAUGCAGGGAGGCUCUCGUCCUCCCCUGGCACCAGCUCCGCCAGUGGGCUAUGUGUCGAGCACAAUGGUUUCCGACCUGGAGACUGACCUGCAAGACGAGGAGGACGAAGAGGAGGAUGAGGACGAGGAUGAGGGCUAUGGAGCCAGACAUCCCCGUGGUAUCGAGCACACACCAGGGUCUAGCAUGGACAACUUGGACAGCUCUAUAACAGGGUCCAUGGUGAAUGGGUGGGGCUCGGCCUCGGAGGAUGAGCGUAAUUUUUCCAGCCAUAGAUCCAGUCUGGGCAGUUCUUCCGAUGGCUCCAUCUUUACCCACUGCAGCUUUGCCCAGGCCCUUGUGGCUGCUGCAGACAAGGCAGGCUACCGCCUUGAGGGAACCAGCCUCAGCAAGAGAGGUAAAGGCUUGUCCCACAGGCCCCGUCCCAGCAGUCCAUUUUCAACAGAUGGCAGCACAGUCGGCACACACAGCUUGGGCCACCAGAGGGCCACCAGGCCCACCCGCAAACCACGAAGUCAAGGCACAACACCUCACCGGAGAGACGCUGGUGCAGACGACCUACCUCCCCCCCCUGAACCUCCUCCCUGUCAGAUCCAGGGUCGCAUUCAGGGGACCCACAGUGUAAACAGCAUGGCACCACCCACGGACAGGAAGGCUUCGUCUCUGGAGCGCACGCCCAUGUCAGGGCCGCUCUGUGGGCCAGACGACAUGAAGAGCUCCAUUGACAGACAGAUGCGAACCUCUCUGGAACAUCACCGCCAGGCCCAGGACCGACUGGGCUCCAUGGACCGGACUGACGAUACCCGCAGGUGCCACAAAUCAGAGGAUGGGUGUGUCCCGUAUAGCAAGCCAUCCUUCCCCUCCCCCGGGGGCCACAGUUCCUCGGGGACCGCAUCCUCCAAAGGAUCAACAGGGCCACGCAAGACCGACGGUCCGCGGCAGCCACAACAGUGGACCGCCACGGAGCAUGCCGAAUUUCUGGGGGCCAAUGGACAUGGAGAGUUAUAGUGACCCUCCUAGGCUCCUGUCCAGGCCAAUAAACGUUCUCCUCUUACCUGUGCGUUCUCAGAAGGGUAGGUGCGCGGCAGCGAAGGGCCCCACAGUGACGAAGCAGUUUCACAGAACUGUACAUGUGAUGUAAAGUCACAAACAUACUGUACAUCUCACAAUGGUUUUGUCCUCAAGAAAAUAUUUUCCACCACCUACCUUACUGUAAUUUUCUUUUUGUUAGAAAAAGGCAAGUUUAAAAAAAGGAAGAAAAAAAAAAAAAAGGAAACAUCUAUGUGGUGGGGGGGAAAGAUUUUUGUUGUAUCUACCCUUCGGAAAAAGGGAAUUUUGUUUCCUGUAAAUAUUUUCUUUGUCAUGUUGUUGCAUUGCUAUGCAAACCCAAUAGAGUUUAAUUUGUUUUUUUUUUGUUUUGUUUUUGUUUUUUUUUUCCAUGUAAAAUAACAGUUGGGUUUUACCUGGUUAUUUGUACUAUAUGUGAAUUAAGUGGCUUUUGUGCCAUAAAAUAAUUGUUUUUUAAAUCCAUUGUUUGUUAAUAGCUACCAUUAAUUAUUAUUAAUAUUAUCAUUAUUAUUAAUGAUUAAUUAUUGUUUUUUUUUGCACUGCAAUUUUUGGUGAUAAGCACAAAAACAUAGCUCCUGCUGACAUGAAGAACCGGAAGAAUAUGUGAAGAGGAGUUUCUGUACUGUAAAGAGAAGAAGAUUAUAUUCUAGUGUACAGAGAGAUAUUAAAGAGUCAUGCUUUUCUCACAGACAGCAUCCAUUUCUACAGUAGAGACGAACCGAGUGGCAGACGCUAGUCCUGAAGGUGCGAGGCAGAGCUACAAGGCCUAGGAACGGAUCUGAAACGUAGGCAACUCAUGGAUUCGGUUAGGUAUUAAUUUAUUGUUCUCCUUCUUUUAAAUUUAUGAUUUAGUGCCUAAAUCAUUUUACAAAGUGGAUCUCAUGCUCCUACAUAGUACAGCCUCAAACUUACAAAAAACAAACAAAAAAAACAA